CGCGUCCGACAACAAUUUCCACUUAGUUUUCCCUGUAAACUGUUUAAAUUCCUAGUGAAAUAGCUUCCGUUGGCUUAUACUUUGAUCGUUCUGUUGCGGAAACUCUGUUGAAAGUCGAUUAAAACUCCAAAACCCGUCGUAAUCCCGUGCGCAUUUUCAACCUUCACCUUUCGCUGCUGCAGUGAAAUGGUUUUUUUUGUGCAUCACCAACAGCAGCAUCAGCAGCAUCAGCAGCAGGAGGAGGAGAACCUGAAAAGCGCAGGAGUGUAGAAAAGCGUCCGGCGGAAAAGCCGUGCACCGCGAUUUACGUUCGUUUUGUUCGGUUACUCCACGCUACGGUUCGUGAUUUUCUUUGAUUAAUUUCAAUUAAAUCUUCGUCCUCCGUCCGCUGGGCCACCGUUGGUCGCUCUCGUUUUCGUGGUGCACCGUGAAAAGGAAAGCAGAGUUCCGCGCACUCGCCUGACGAACGCGCCCCGCUGUGAUUUUCCAGCCAGCAGCACCAUCAAUCUUGUGGCACACUUUGAUCGAUUUGUUGGUUUGUUGCUUUCGUUUCUCGAUUGUGUGCACCCUACUUUCUCCCCCGGCCACCACGGUCGCUUCUGGAAUGAUAUCGUGAAACGCACCACAGCCAACCGUUUGUGUGCGUGACCCUCUGACACGGAUUUGGCCCGAUGCAUACGAAGAUCUGCGGACAACAGCAGCCGAUAACAGCGACGACGGAAUCGUGUACCAGCAGCAACGACGUGUGAGCGUUUUCCCGCAGUGUCCAUCACACAAGCCCAACAUCAACGUAGCCAGGAUGAUGAAGCUGGAUUCUGUAAGCAGCCACGGCAGCCACGGUUCGACCGGUACGGGAUCCUGCCACAAGCACGAUCUCAAUGUGCUGGUAAAGAACAUCGUAAAGAUCCUGCUGACCACCUCGAAGUACUUUCACUGCCCGUUCUGUGCCGAUGAGUACCUGUUCGAGUUCACGCUGAAGCAUCAUCUGCUCAAACAGCACGAGCGGGACCUCGAGCGGAUCGUCAAAUCGCCCGAUGCCAGCAUCCGGUUCUGCGAGAGCAACAUCUGUCCGUACUGUGGCGCCCUGUUCUACUAUAUCGCGGCCCUGCCCAAGCACAUCAUGAACAGCCACAGCCGGGAAUGUCUGCUGAAGUGGCAAGCGAUUGAAAAGGAGAACAGCCUGGCACGAAAGCUGGCCUCCGAGCCGAGCAUUCGUUGCGUUCCCUGUUCGCCCGGGCUGAGUGAACUGUUCGAUGAGCUCAACACCAGCGGAGAUAGCCAUCGCGGUAGCGCCCGAACCGGUAAUGUAAUGCAGUUGACCAAACCAUCGCCUCUGCUGAAGACUGCACUGCGGAACGUGAAUCGCAUUACGAGUGGUGGCCAGACCGGGUUGGGUAACGGUAACGGUUCACAGCACAGCCUGAUUGAUGGGGCGGCCGCACCACAUACCGCGGUGACGGCAUGGUCCAGCUUCGGAUUCGAUAAUUCACUGCCCCGUCGUUCGCAUCAAACGUCCGCUCGGCGCGAACUUCACUUUGGCGAUCCGCUUCCUCACCAUCAACCGGCAACGAUGAGUGCGCCGGGCACGACCGGACCGCUGAUCAUGCGGCAACCGGAUUUCUGCGCCAGUGGAGCAUCCUCGCCUUGCAACGAGUCCGUUAGCUCCGUCCGGAAAGCUAAAUUUCAGCGAAAACGGUUCAAUCUGCGCUCGAUCAAACCGAAGCUCAACUUCCGCAAGUACGUGAUGUCCAAGUUCUCGAAGAAGUACCACUGCAAGAUCGUCACGAGCACACCGAACAAUCUGCUCGAUGAUCCGAGUAGCCGGGACUCGGUGCGGUUCCUGGCCCACAAUCAGGAGCGCUGGAACCGGAUUCAUUUCGAAUGACGGCGGUACGGAUCGCCGUUCGCCUGUGUCGUCGAGUAUCUGUGCGGAUUGCUGUUUUGUUGCGUUUAGGGCCACCGAGGCCCUUUUUUUGUUGCACUAGCAUACUCCUUUAUUGGUAGUACAGCAGGGGAACAAGGUAGACGCUAGAGAGGCGGUUAGUAUGAUACACACAUAAUGGCUGUGCAACUUGCCCUCGGUUAAUUGGACCCCGACCAAAAUGGGUCGCAGAUCGCGUGGGAAGAAGUAUCUUCGCUAACCGUUAAAUCAUUCAUGGUGAAGGAAGAUGAUUCAUUAAUUUAUUACUAUUAUCGUUCUUCCGAUGAUCAUACAAGCGAUCGCUCGAUCACGCUUAUUAAGCCCUCAAGCCAAUGGCCUAUCGUUAAGCCUUACGGAAAGGGAAGUAAACGCUGCCAAUGCGUUGGCUUAGCGACGUUAUUAGUCUAAAAACCAUACAACACCAAUCUAGAGUAGAUAUUGAUCUUUAAGAACAUUACAACAUUACACAGACGUCACUCGCACGCGCUGGACCAAUCGUCAAAAUGGCCUUUCGAAUGCUUCGGUCAAUUGGGGUGGUGGUAGCAGAAGAAGUUUAUCUAAAGAAGAAACAAGUUACAAUUUAAUGAAACAUUUAAAACAGAAAACGCCAAACAAGCGAAUAGUAUAGCAGGCUGGUAGCGUUCGACAGACAGCAGUAGCCAGAGAGAUAUCGCAUUUUUCCACUCGUUAAUUUAUGAACCUACCGUUAAUAUUGCAAAGUAGUAUUAGUGUCCCGGGUGACGCACUCCGCGGUAGAGAAUACAGCGAAUAGUUUGUAGGGAAUUGAAAACCGAAUCUCUCGUUCACGCCUUCCAAAAAUCCAUUACUUACGAUGAUAUCGAAUCGAAAACGAAAACGAAACACCAAACACGUGAAACCAACAAACCAAUUUUAAACCUUAAUACCGCAAUCUCGCGAUACCCUCUAGUACAUAAGUGCAACUGCCGCCCUUACUUGCCUCUAUAGAACAUAUGUAAGCGUUACUAAGCAACGGGUAACGCGAUAGAGAAAGGUUGUUCCCUGAAUCCGCCGAGGCCGGGACUUAAAAUUUAAUCACAAAUAAUUGGCCCCAUUCUACUUCUUUAACUCUCUUGCUCUUUAGCCUUGAUGAAUCAAAACCUAAAGUACACUGUUUACUGUAAGCAAAGCAACCGAUCAUUCGCGGGAACUAGCGACGUGCGUGAUUGCAAUAGACAGCGUAUCAAACUAUCGAAGUAGCGAUCGGUAACAUCUGCCCUAUUUAGCGCGCCAUUUUUACACCAGAAACUACAACGCUUUACGGGCAAAUAAUGCGAAUAUUUAUGUCCUCACGGCGUGGAGCAUUACAUUCCUUGUUGCGGGGGAAGUAGGUUGUCGCGUACGUAUAUUUCAACGAAAGCGAAUUAGAAGUACUAUCAGAACUUGUUGAGCAACUAUUUAAGCGAAUAAAUUCGGAUCGUUUCCCACUUUCCUGUUUGGGAAAUCUCUUACCUGCCAAUCGGAA